CUAUUGUUACCACCCACCGUUGUUCUCAUACUGCACGACCACGCUCUUUUGUGGCCCCCACUGUCUUCGACACCAUCAUCCUCCAACCUGAAAAGGACCAGUCCAAUUAUCGCUCUCCAGUGGGCACAGAUCUACGUCCAUCAGCCCUACAAAAGUCAACGUACCGAUAUCAUCAUCGCUUCUGGUCGGAGACGACUGUGAUCAAUCUACUCGUUCCAGGUUCAACGCAUCUGGUCUCACCGAACACGCCCUAGCUCGUACCGCACGAGGCAUUCACCUGGACCCUGACUGGGUUGUCGUCAUGGGUAAAUAGUCUACGCCGAGGUGUUUGUUGUCACGAACAGGCACCACAUAGACAGAGCCUAUAUCACCUCCGCUUCCUUCGCGAUGCAGUCCUUCAAGGCUGUCUUCUUCAAGCCGGAUCCGCAAGAACAGAAACGAAAAUGCAGUCAGAUCAUUCGCAAGAAUGUUCGAACCCUAGAUCGAGACAUCACGAAUCUCAAAGUUACCGAACAAAAGACGAGAAGUUUGAUAUUGCAGUCAUCCCGAAGGGCGCAGAAGAAUCCCUCGCAGGCGACACAGGGCGCAGCAGAAGCACGCAUCUUCGCCCGAGAGCUGAUCCGGGUGCGGAAACAGGCGGCAAGAUUACACACAAGUAAAGCACAAUUACAGAGUGUGGAGAUGCAAGUCAAUGAAGCCUUCUCGGUACGGAAGAUCGAGGGCAGCUUGAAAGCCAGUACCGGUAUCAUGAAGGACGUCAAUACGCUGGUCCGGCUACCUGAGUUGACUGGAACGAUGCAAGAGCUGAGUCAGGAACUUAUGAAGGCUGGCAUAAUUGAGGAGAUGGUCGGGGAUACACUACCGAACGAUGAACUACUGGAAGGAGAAGACGAGGAAGCAGAGACAGAAGUCGACAAGGUCCUCGGCGAGGUAUUGAAGGGAAAACUGGGAGCUCCAGAACAGCAAGUUCCUCAAGUUUCCGUGGACACAGCGGCCGAAGAGGAAGAAGACCGCGAGGCCGAGUUAGAACAAAUGCGAGGCCGAUUAGAGGCUCUGAAGAGUUGAAACAGCGUACGGAGUGGAAUGUAUUGAAAUCAUACUCGUGUGCCUGUGAUGUGUGUGGCAGGUUGUCUCUUUGAUCAGGCGUUGGGAAGGACUUGAUGAUAUGAGAGACACAUAUUCUGUAUACGUGAACGAGAAGACGUUUUGAUGAUUGACCCGCCUAGCUAGCUCUUCUGGAUCGCUUGGAUCACGCUGAGACUGGCCUCCAUCUCGCGUUUGUUGCAUGGAUCUAGCAAUCAAGGAAUACGAAAACGAGGCCAUUCUCUAUGGUCACGUGAUUGUCGUAUUGCCAUUUUGAUGGGAUCCGAAAGCGGAAUGGCGUGACAGGUGAGAGGCUGGAG